GUUCGCCGACUGGCAACGGCUGGUAUCCUGCACCAAGCAUUCAAGAGGAGAUCCCGGCUGUGCUCAGCUGCCAGCGCAAGCAGAAAGUGAUCACUGAAAAGUUUGGACCGUACCACACUGGGCCAGCAGGCAACUUCGUGGAUUUGGGCGAGUUCCAGACCAAUGCAUGA